AUGUUGGGCAGGGUGCGCUCGGCGGUGGCGCAACUCGUUGGGGGCCUGGGAGGCGGAGGAAGCCCCUCGAGCCCGCCGCCCGCCUCGGCCUCCUCCUGCUCGACGACGGCGGCGACGGCCGCUCCCCCCGGGCCCAGCUCCAGCGUCGCGCCUGCCGCCAGCGCCAGUAGCAGCGGUAGCUCUUCUCGGGAGCCGCCCCGAGGCAGCUUCUCGCGCCCGGCUUUCCUGCAGCUCACGCCCGAGGAACUUCUGCUGGCGGAUGAUCACACGGGCAGAGCCGUCCAGAGCCCCCGCGAGAGCCGCCGCCGCCUGCCCUGGAGCACCGGCUACGCCGAGGUGAUCAAUGCAGGCAAGAGCCAGCACAAUGAGGAUCAAGCUUGCUGUGAGGCGUUGCUUGUGGAAAAGAGACGCAGCCUGAGGAAUAACCCAGCCCCCAAAGAAACUCUUGGAAGUCCAGAAGGGGGCAGCAAAGGCCUGUGCUUUUACUACUGGGGCUUGUUCGAUGGACAUGCAGGAAGUGGGGCUGCCAUCAUGGCAUCCAAGCUGCUUCACUUCCAUAUCAGGGACCAACUCCGGGACCUGGUAGACAUCUUACAAGACCCAUCCCCUCCUCCAAUCGCCCUGCCAGAUGGUUCCAGGACAACUCUCAGAGAACCAAACAAGGCUCCUCUGGCAGAGGAAGAUGUGGAGGUGCCAAACAGUGCCUUGCCACGCUUCCAUAUGGAAAAGGCAGUUUCCCAUGAGAGUUUGGUGGUGGGAGCCAUAGAGAAUGCGUUCAAGCAGAUGGACAAUCAGAUCGAGCAGGAACGGGUGACUCGGCAUGCGGCAGGAGGCUGCUGUGCCCUGGCAGUGGUUUAUCUCCUGGGGAAGUUCUAUGUGGCCAACGCAGGUGAUAGUAGGGCCAUUGUCAUCCGUAAUGGGGAAAUCAUUCCAAUGUCCAGGGAGUUUACUCCAGAGACAGAGAGGCAAAGGCUGCAGUUUUUAGGCUACUUGAGUCCUGAGUUGCUUGGGAAUGAGUUUACUCACCUCGAAUUCCCACGAAGGAUCCAGCAUAAGGAACUGGGAAAGAAGAUGCUGUACAGGGACCAAACCAUGAAUGGAUGGGCAUACAAAAGGAUAGAAGAAGAUGACCUGAAGUUUCCACUUGUGUACGGAGAGGGCAAAAAGGCUCGAAUGAUGGCAACCAUUGGGGUGACUCGAGGCCUGGGAGACCAUGAUCUCAAGGUGUACAGCUCCAACAUCCACAUCAAACCUUUCCUGUCCUGCAUCCCAGAGGUGCGUAUUUAUGACCUCACACAGUACGAGCACUGCCCUGAUGAUGUGCUGGUGCUAGGCACUGAUGGCCUCUGGGAUGUCACCACUGAUCAAGAGGUGGCCAGUGUGGUAUUUGACGUUCUUAUGCGCUAUGAGCCCAAUGACCCUUGCAGGUACACCAUGGCGGCCCAGGAGUUGGUGAUGAGGUCCAGAGGGGUUCUAAAGGAACGUGGCUGGAGGCUGGCCAACGACAAGCUGGGCUCUGGAGACGAUAUCUCUGUUUUUGUGAUUCCCCUUGGUGGCCCAGGAAACUACACCUGAACCUACAGUCCCAGGGGGCGCAUGACUCAUGAUGCUAGACUGUAAAAAAGAAGACGACAGAAAACACCUUGCAGCUCAACGGAAGGCUGUAGAUCCCCCUGCUGCUGAAACCUUUGUGCUGCUUGAGUCUUCUAAAGAGGAUUAGAAAACCAUUGGACUACAGCUUAAGUCCUGCUCCUGCUCCAUCCAGGCUUGCUGUGUCCCGGCUUGGGGACAUGAGACCUCGCCCUGGUCCAUGCUGCUGUUAUCAGCAAGGAAGUCAAAGCAGAGCCGUUCCUCUCAGGAAUUAUCCCUAUUGGCCCUUGAGGCUGGUAGGAAAUCCCACGUUCCAAGGGCUGCAUUACAUUUGGGCUAUUGCCCUCAACUUCCCAGGAAAGGGGCUGGGGACUGGCAUUGUGUCACAGUGGCAUGGGAGUGUUCCCCAAGCCGGAUAUUAGUAGCAGAGCAUCUCUCUGAUCCACUGCUCCGUUUAGUCAUUUGUGAAUACUUCUUUCCAUCUCAGUUUUUGGGGGGUCCUUGGGAAAGGCACGCUCCACCAUUGUCGUCAGCUACUAUGGCUCCUCCUCCUCUGUCUCCUCAUUGCUGCCACUUCUUGCUUCACAGAUAGAGAGCAAGUCGGCAGUGGCCUCUCCUGCUCCUCCUUCUCACCACCACCAUUGUCUGGGCCAGAGUGAGAAGCAGGAGAACAAGCAGGUUGCAAUGAUGAAGAGGAGGAACAACUC